UGUGACGUGGUUAUAUCCGCUGCCUGUACUACAGACAGGUCACACUGAAGCCUGCAGUUGUGUGCUGUGGUUCUAAGAAUAAAGAAGCAUGAUGACAUCCAAUAAGAACUUUAAAGCACCUUUAAAACAGCUGAACAGCCUGGACAGCAACAUAAUCGACAGCUCUCAAAAGAAGAAAAGCACACUUUGGCGACGACGAUCUUUCAACAGUGCCAAAAGUUUGAACACUGAAGAAAUCAAAGGCGGGACAUUAUCACGCAGUCAGCUGAGCAGAACACACUCGACAUCUCUGGUGGAUUACACUGACCCUCAGAGAACAGUGGUUAUAUUGGAGAAACAAGACAAUGAAGCCUUUGGAUUUGAAGUCCAGACAUAUGGUCUAAAGGUGAAGAACAGCAGUAUGGUGGAGAUGUGCACAUUUGUGUGCAGUGUGCAGGAUGGCAGUGCAGCCGAAACUGCAGGUUUGACUGCUGGUGACAUUAUAUUGUCAGUAAAUGGAGUCAGUAUUGAGGGUUCCACCCACCAACAUAUUAUUGAGCUGAUUAGAGACUCCACUAACAUGCUGAAGUUGGAGACAGUCAGCGGGAGUGUUGUGAAGAGAAUUGAAUUAGAGAAAAAGAUGCGCUAUCUUAAGCAAACUCUUCGUGAGAAAUGGGUGGAACUGCAAUCUCUCACACUUCAAGAAAAGCGUCUUACUCGAGAUAAUCUGAAUGAAGGUGCUCAGCAUCUGUCUUUUGACUCUAUGAUGUCUCUUUCAUCUCCAAUGGGCCACUCUGGGCAGCGUUUUUCCAGUGACAGCAGUUGCCGCAGCAUAAUGACAGAUGAUAGUGAGGAUGGUGCCUUCAUGUCACCAGUAUUUGAUGAUUCGAGUCCAUUAAGCCCCACUGAGCCAAAUGGCGGCUUCUUCCAGCUGGAGGGGGGGGUGUCGCGACCCCUGACAAGAACACGCAGCAUUAGCCUGACCAGCAGUAACAAUUCACUCUCCCCAAGCUGGGAAAAUUCACCUUCAUCCAUGUUUGGUACCCUGCCAAGGAGAGGCAGAAGAGGUAGCGUCCGCAAGCACCUUCUGAAGUUCAUCCCUGGUCUGAAUCACUCUGUAGAGGAAGAGGAGGGCAGCUGAAACCUCAUUCAUUCUUCCAUUGACUGUUGAUCUGAUGAAUUCUUCGUGUGGACCUUGGGAAGUGGAAGGUUUAUUCCAUUUUGAAUUCUUCUGUUCUCAAGAUGUUCUAGAAUUCAUGUCUCAUGUUUUUAUGACUUACCUGCUUUUAGUGUCGAUAAAAACAGGAGUCGAGUCUCACGUGAGCAUUACGGACUGCAUGAUGCAUGAAUCUCUGUGUCAUUUUCUGUCAAUUAUGACAAUGCUUUAUCAGGCACUAUGACUUCCCAAAAAUUCAGCACUGAAAUAAACAACUGGCAUUAACUAAACCUUAGGAAAGUUUAUGAUGAAAAGCAACUCCAUUGAGCAAAAUCUUAAGAAUUAUGCACAUUAUUUUCACUGCUCUAAUUCAGUGAUUUACACUUCAUUCCUGCAAGCUUAUGAAUGUGUCCUAUUUCCAACUUGAUCUCUAACCAAUCAAGAUCUCAAAGUCUGCUGUAGCAUGCAAUUGAUAUGUGGUUGCUCAGUGGUUAGAGCAAGUAAGUUCUUAAUGUUAAGUACGUGCCUUGCUGUGCUCCAAAAUGUGUCAGACUGCAAUUCUUAACACAAUGCAAGUUACACUUUUAGUAUUUCCGCAAGGGUUGCAAUAGUGGGUAUAGCGACAGUUUUCUCAUUCAGAUUUUGGUGAAGCAAGAAGCUGAAAACAACAUAAACUACCUAAAUAAUAACACAUCUGGUUUACUGGUGACUAAAUGCUGGGAGUCAUAAAAUGCUAUGAACCCAUAGAUUUAAAUGUGUGGAUCUGGGCCGACACUAUGUUGCUGUCUGGGGUGGGGUGGGUUGUUGUGUGUGUGGCAACUGCAGACAUUUGAAGGUAACUCUGAAUUGUUACCACCAGAGUAACAUGUGAAUGCGAAUGCUACGUGUGUUCAGGGGUGUGUGAGAAAAUGAUUGUGUAAAAUAUGUUUGAGUCCCAAGUGUCUGCAAAAUGACAAAUAACCAUUACAAAUCAUCUUUAUGCCUUCUAGCUUACUGUGAUCUUUCCUAGUAGGAAACCACUGUAGGAAACAACAUUCCAGUCAAUGUAGGUUUAGGUUAGGGCUGAGGUUGAAGCUUUAAUCUAUCAAUCUCAUUUCUCUCUGUAUUUAUGGUUAGUUAAACUUUAAGGUUUGUUUAACAGUGUGUUGUUUCAGGAACAACAAAAUAUGUUUUGCUUGUCUGUCACUCUCUCACCAAACAUAGAGCUAGUCGUAUUACACAGAUGAACUGAAUAAUGGACAACUACAAUUAUUUUGCUCAAUCUCAAAACUUUACUGCAUAAAAGAUCUAUGAACAUUUAUAGAAUAUAUAGCUAGUAAUUUCUACUCCUGAUUGCAGAUUAGUUUAGCAUGAUUAGCAGAUAACUUUAAAUCAUUAAGGCAUGAAAAGGACUGAACUGUAGUGAGUGUGUGAAAUGAAAGUUAAGUGCUGACUUGGAAAGACUGAGAUGAUAUUUGUGAAAGAGCUCCAAACCACAGAGGUAUAGCAAAAUUCAUAACAGGAUGUGGUCUGUUAGAGGUGCUACUUUACCACCUUUUUUCUUGCUUUUUUGAGUGAUCUCUGUAACGGACAGUUUUACUUAAACUAAAUAUAUAUUCAACACCUCAUAAAUGUGAAAAAGGUGCUUGCUGGUCCAUUCUUUUCUUAAUUUUUAAAAAUGAGCAUAGUGAGUAUAUUCUCAGAAAAAAAAAA